UCGCCAGUCGCACUCCAGCCACGAUGAGGGCGGCACGUGCCACGCCGCCUCCCGCAACGAUCGUACGUGCGCAACAUAAACAUCAGUGAAGUGCAACACAGCUGAUCAGAGAACUUGAAAUUUGUAAAUAAAGUGAAGUGACUCUUUUGUGAAUAGUUUCAACCAAAACUGCUAAGACCAAUGUGUGUAGAAAAUGUUUCAACUCCUGACUCUUUUGUUAGUGACUUUCGGUGUUAAUGCCGCGUAUGCUCCUACAGGCGUGGAUAAUUGCAGACGCCAAUCGAAAGGUGACGAGACGAGCACAAUAUGCCGGGUGCGAACUCUCGAGGCAGAUGGCUCCAGCUUGACACAUGCACCUUCCGAUACUGUAAAGCGUCUCAAUGUAGAGUGCAAUCAACUUCUGCUCUUCGAGAGUUAUCUCGAAGCGAACUAUUUUCAAAAAUUUUCGUCGCUCUCUGAGCUAACACUCGAGAACUGCAAACUCCUCAGAAUACCCGGCAACGCGUUUGAAGGAUUACGCGAGUUGAAAAAGUUGUCGAUUCGAUCUAAAAACUACGAUUGGAGUCCAAAUAAAAACUUGGAGCUCUCGCUUGGAACUUUCAAUGGAUUGAGGGAAUUACAAAUACUCGACUUAGGGCAGAAUAAUUUGAAAGCAAUACCAUCCGAAGUUUUCUGCCCUUUGGGUAAUUUGCAAGUUUUAAAUUUCACUCAUAACAAAAUCAAAAGUGUGGACCGUCUUGGAUUCGGGAAGAACUGUGGUUCCGGCCUGCGAAGUUUGGAUUUAAGUGAUAACGAUCUGCGGUCCUUGAGUGAGGAAUCACAAAUAACCGGGUUGAAGAAUCUACAAGAGCUACGGCUACAGAAUAAUAAUAUCACCGAUAUCUCAAGUGAAACGUUUAAUGGACUUAUUUCUCUGCGGAUAUUAAAUGUUUCCUACAAUAACCUCCAGAUAGUGCCCGAAGGCACGUUCACGAACACGAAGGAGUUACGAGAAAUAUAUUUAAAUAAUAACCUGCUAUUUGAAUUAGCCAGAGGCGUGUUCCACCGAUUAGAACAGCUGCUUGUCUUAGAUUUAUCUAAUAAUCAGCUCUCGAGCUCUCAUAUCGAUGGCAGUACAUUUAUUGGCCUUAUACGCUUAGUCAUUCUGAAUUUAUCCAAUAACGGCUUGACGAGGAUAGAUGGUAAGACAUUUAAGGAUUUAUUCUUCCUCCAGAUAUUAGAUUUAAGGAAUAACUCCAUUGGAUAUAUAGAGGAGAAUACAUUUCUUCCAUUGUAUAAUUUGCACACUUUAAAUUUAGCUGAAAAUCGUUUGCAUACUAUUGACGAGCUCCUUUUUAAUGGGUUGUUUGUAUUAAGCAAAUUGAAUUUGAACAACAACCUUUUAAUUAACAUUGAUCCUAAAGCUUUUAAGAAUUGUUCCGAUCUGAAGGAAUUGGAUUUGAGUUCCAAUCAGUUAACACAAGUUCCGAAUGCCAUUUUGGAAUUGUCACAAUUGAAAACGUUAGAUCUCGGUGAAAACCAAAUAACGGAUAUUAAGAAUGGUUCUUUUAAGAAUUUGGAUCAGUUAACUGGAUUAAGAAUAAUAGAUAAUCUGAUUGGAAAUUUGUCUGUAGGAAUGUUUUGGGAUGUACCUAGCUUACAAGUAUUAAAUUUAGCAAAAAAUAAGAUACAAUCUAUAGAGAGGGGAAGUUUUAUAAGAAACUCUCAGUUAGAAGCUGUAAGGUUAGAUGGUAAUUUCAUAUCUGAUAUUAACGGAGUAUUUUCAACAUUGCUCUCUUUACUUUGGCUGAACUUGUCUGAAAACCAUCUAGUUUGGUUUGAUUAUGCUUUCAUACCAAGUAAAUUAAAGUGGCUUGAUGUACAUGGUAAUUUUAUAGAACAUUUAGGAAACUAUUAUAAACUUCAAGAUGAAAUUAAUAUUAAAACUUUAGAUGUAAGCCAUAACCGCAUCGUCGAAAUAUCGCCCAUGGCUAUCCCCAAUAGCGUAGAGCUGCUGUUCAUAAACAAUAACCACAUAAACAAUAUCCAAGUAAACACAUUUAUGGGGAAACGCAAUCUCACUCGGGUUGAUAUUUACGCAAAUGAGAUAUCUCAUUUAGAUAUCAACAGCCUCCGGCUGUCCCCGGUUCCCUCGAACAAGUCGUUGCCCGAGUUCUAUAUCGGAGGAAAUCCGUUUAAUUGCGAUUGCUCCAUGGAGUGGUUACCCAUGAUAAACAAUAUGACGGCAAUGAGGCAGCACCCUAGGAUAAUGGACCUCGAAAAUGUCCUUUGUAACAUGACGCACACAAGAGGCGUAACCCAUUUACCGCUCAGUGUUCUUAAAUCUGCUGAUUUCUUGUGCCCGUAUGAGACCCACUGUUUUACAUUGUGCCACUGUUGCGAUUACGUUGCAUGUGAUUGCCAAAUGACCUGCCCCUAUAAUUGCUCCUGCUAUCACGAUCAAACCUGGCAUACAAAUGUAGUCGAUUGCUCCAGUAAGCGCGCAAUUGAAAUACCAGAAAAAAUACCCAUGGAUGCAACCGAGGUCUACUUAGAUGGUAACGACUUUAAAGAAUUGCAAAAUUAUGCAUUCAUCGGGCGAAAAAAUAUGAGGUCGCUGUAUGUAAAUUCAAGCGGAGUCGAGAACAUACAAAAUAGAACGUUCGCUGGGUUAUCCUCCCUAUUAAUAUUAAAUCUUGGAAGUAAUAAACUGAAACAUUUAAAAGGCUAUGAGUUUGAAAAUCUGGCUCAGUUAAAGGAACUGUAUUUGCAUGACAAUUUUAUCAGUUUCAUUGCUAAUUCCACUUUUGCAUCUUUGUAUUCUUUGAAAAUUUUAAAAUUACAUGGCAAUAGGCUAGUAGAGUUUGCUGUUUGGAAUUUAAAUAGCGUAAUGGAUUUAAAUGCUCUCUCUUUGGGAAAUAACAUGUGGUCGUGUAAAUGUAGAUACUUACAAAGAUUUACAACCUUUGUCGCCGACAAUGUUCCUAAAAUAGUAGACAUCCCCGAUUUGUUCUGUUGGAGCGCCGAUGGGCAAUUACCGCAAAAAAAAGAACUCAAUCUCAACGGCACGAUAUGCAGUGACUAUUACGCCGGAGAUUCUGUUAUAGAUAAUAUGCUGGUCUCGAAUUACAUGCCCAUGAUGGUGACUACGCUCACGGGUUUUAUGCUAAUCAUGCUAGUCAUCCUUUUGAUUUUCUUAUUUAGAGACACAAUUCGCAUCUGGCUUUAUACAAGUUGCGGAAUAAGAUUGUUCCCAUUCACCGGGGCGUACGAUGACACUGAUAAAUUGUACGAUGCCUACGUAUGCUAUAGCCCCAAGGAUGAUGACUUUGUUAUUCAAACGUUAGCCGCUGAGUUGGAAAAUGGAAGCCCCUCGUAUCACCUUUGUUUGCAUUACAGAGACAUCCCACAGCACAAUUCGCCUUACAUGCAGUGCACAUUGCCGCUCCCAGAAGCAGCGGAAGCCUCUAAGCGUAUUAUAAUAAUUCUGACUAGAAAUUUCAUCGAAACGGAAUGGUCGCGUUUUGAAUUUAGACAAACAAUGCACGAAAUCCUUAAAUCCCGAUUUUAUAGUUUAGUUAUAAUAGAAGACAGUUCAGUAUUACCGGAUACUCAAUGCGAUCCUGAUUUAAAACCGUUAUUAAAAAGUAGCUCACGAGUACGGUGGGGCCAAAAUAAAUUUUGGGAGAAGUUGUGGUACGCGAUGCCUGAUCAGAGACAUAAUAAGAAAUCAUCUAGUUACAGAAAUAAUAUCAAUUCAUACACAAUGAGAAGCGGUAUGCAAAACGGAACAAUGCGGUCAUUUUCGUUCACGGAAAAGAUGAGAGUACCGGCUGGCGCUUUGAACGGUGCUCCAGAGUUCGGAGAAGUAGGUUCACAGCAAGGGCAGGCGUCUUAUGGACCCGAUGGAAGGCCGCCGUCGGAUCAUAUUUACUCGUCAAUAGACUCUGAUUACUCCUCUUUAGAACUCGGAGGGAGCAAUCCCAACCGACGGAGGGAAUUUCGGCACUGGCCGCCCCCGCCUCCUUUAAUUGAUACCCAACCCUCAGGUCAAGCCUACCUUGUCUAGUCCGCGCUUCUCAUGAGCUCAGUUAAUGUAAACUAUUUAGUCAGCUUCAUGUGAAUCUUUAUGUCAUUGCAAAAUGCGCUAUAAUACCAAAUAAUUAAAAUUUUAAUCUAUUUUUGUAUUUUCUCGCCGUUCCAAAAGGCGUACAUGUUUCGUAAUGUUGGUGUAAAUACAUUCUAUAAGACUGCUGUAGAGUAUGUUACUUUGUAAAUAGUGUAAAUAACUGUCCAUAUAAUUUAAGUCACGAGUAUACUAUUUAUAUACUUUAAUAAAGCCAUUGUGAUAAUUUUUGCAUAA